UGGGCCCUGGGGCGGCGGCGGCGGCGGCAGCAGCAGCAGCAGCAGCAGCAGCAGCAGCUGCGCGGACAGGGCUCCCGCACGCGCCCGGUGAAUCAUCCCCAUUCAUCUUGCCUCGUCCCUGUGCUGCCGAGGCCGCUUCUUCCCGGCCCGGGGCUGGGUUUGGAGGAAUCUCCCGUUUCAUCUGACAUGCGUCCUGGUGCGGCGCAGGCAGACUCCUGAGGGUCCUGUCUGACAGGGGAGGAUGGUCUCCGUGUAGAAACCACCCGCGACCUCAGGAGCUACUGGGUUGUUUUUCUGUGUCUUCCAUUGUAACACUGAAGGGAUUUCUUUCUCUUUUUUUUUUUUUUUUGGACUUUGAGAUGAACACUAAGGUGCCAUCGAUCAUCGAGGAAAAGGGCCGUGCCCAGUAGUCGCCUUUAACUGUUUGAGCUGUGCGACGUUUAUUUUACCCGGGGAAGAGUCUGAGACCAUUUGCUUUCAUCCUUGAUUUCUGGUUUCCCUGGGUUAUGGUAACGUUUGACUAUAAAACAAAAUCGUACAAAGGGACCUUGGAUUAUAGCUGAGCAUGGUAGGAUCUUGAACUCGUGUUGGAAACAGAAGAGGUAAAGGAAUGGCAUCCAGAGAGCGGCUCUAUGAACUUUGGAUGCUUUAUUGCAACAAGAAAGACCCAGAUUACUUGAAGCUCUGGUUGGACAGUUUUGUUUCUAGCUAUGAACAGUUUCUGGAUGUGGACUUUGAGAAGCUUCCCACUAGGGUAGAUGACGUUCCUCCGGGAAUAUCGCUACUUCCUGAUAACAUUCUCCAGGUCCUGAGGCUCCAGCUGCUACAAUGUGUCCAAAAAAUGUCAGAUGGACUAGAGGAGCAGCAACAAGCUCUGUCGCUUUUGCUUGUCAAAUUCUUCAUCAUCCUUUGCAGAAAUUUGGCUAAUGUGGAGGAGAUUGGCAUGUGCUCCUACAUAAACCAUGUCAUCACGAUGACUACUCUGUAUAUUCAGCAGUUAAAAAGUAAAACAAAAGAGAAAGAAGUGGCAGAUCAAACACCUAUAGAAGAAUUUGUAAGACAUGCACUGGCUUUUUGUGAAAGUCUCUAUGAUCCAUAUCGAAAUUGGAGACAGAGAAUUGCAGGACGAAUUCUUAGUAAUGUUGAAAAGAGCAGACAGAAGUAUAAACCAGCCUCUCUUACUGUGGAGUUUGUCCCUUUCUUUUACCAAUGCUUUCAAGAAAGUGAGCAUCUUAAGGAAAGUCUUAAAUGCUGUCUGCUACAUCUCUUUGGAGCCAUUGUGGCUGGUGGACAGAGAAAUGCUCUUCAGGCGAUAUCUCCUGCCACCAUGGAAGUCUUGAUGCGUGUUUUGGCAGACUGUGAUACCUGGGAUGAUAGGAACCCUGAGGAAGUGAAUAGGAAGGCAGAACUGACUCUUAAGUGCCUGACAGAAGUAGUGCAUAUCCUUCUGACCAGCAGUUCAGACCAGCGACAAGUGGAGACCAGUAGCAUAUUGGAGAACUAUUUCAAAUUACUUAAUUCAGACCAUUCAGCUUUGCCUAACCCAAGAAGAUCUAGACAGUGGGAGAGCAGAUUUAUAGCACUACAGAUCCAAAUGCUCAACACCAUCACAGCCAUGUUAGAUUGCACAGACAGGCCUGUUCUGCAGGCAAUUUUCCUUAACAGCAAUUGCUUUGAGCAUCUCAUCCGCCUCCUGCAGAACUGCAAGCUGUUUUUAAAUGCUAACAAUAAAGUGGCAGACAAGAGUGAAAAAGACCUUGCCAACAAAUUACUGACAGAAAUGACUGAGGACCAGGUGUUUCAGGGGCAGCUAGACUGCUUGGCAGUUUCUACCAUUCAAGCCCUUACAGCAGUAAUGCACAAAUCUCCGGCUGCUAAGGAGGUCUUUAAAGAACGGAUUGGUUAUGCACAUUUAUAUGAGGUACUCAAAUCUCUGGGUCAGCCCUCACGGGAGUUGCUGGAAGAACUUAUGAAUAUGGCUGUUGAAGGUGACCACAUGUCUGUUGGACUGUUGGGCAUUAGUAAUGUCCAGCCCUUACUGCUGCUAAUCCAGUGGCUUCCAGAACUAGAGUCACAUGACCUGCAGAUCUUCAUCUCAAAUUGGUUGAGGCGAAUCUGCUGUAUUAACAGGCAGAGCCGUGCAACAUGUGUCAAUGCAAACAUGGUCACCCGCAUCAUUGAGACGUUAAACUUCCACUCUGCCCUCCAUUGCACUCUUGCUGAGAACAUGAUUGCCCUUCUAGGGUCUUUGGGGAGUCAGUCAAUGAGCUCUGAAGAACUGCUUCAACUAAUACAACUCCUGAGGACUGAUGAACCAAAAGAGCCUCACCCUUAUGUCAUCCCUGUGAUGCGUGCAAUUCUGGCAAUGGCUCGGAAGCAGGGCCUGGACAGUGCCUUGCAAUAUUUUGACUUAUCCCAUAGCAUGGCAGGAAUUGCUGUGCCACCUAUUCAUAAAUGGCCAGGCUCUGCCUUUUCUUUCAAUGUUUGGCUAUGUCUCGAUCAGGACCAAGCAAUUCCUGGCCUCAGCAGCAAGGGUGGCAAGAGGAAGCAACUGUACAGCUUUUUUACAGGAAGUGGAAUGGGGUUUGAGGCCUUUAUUACCUACUCUGGAGUGCUGGUGGUUGCUGUUUGCACAAAGCGAGAAUAUGCAACAGUGAUGCUACCAGACCAUUGUUUUUGUGACUCUCUCUGGCACAAUAUAACUAUUGUUCAUGUGCCUGGAAAAAGGCCCUUUGGUCAAAGCCUUGUCUACAUUUAUGUCAAUGGACAGCAGAAGGUAUCUGCCCCACUCAGAUUUCCUGCAAUGAAUGAACCAUUUACUUCUUGUUGCAUUGGUUCAGCUGGUCAGAGGACAACUACUCCACCUCCAUCUCAAAUACCAGACCCACCUUUCUCCUCUCCUAUUCUGCCUCAUCGAACAUCACUAGGUGGGAUUCUUUCCCCAGCAAGCUGGGGUGGGCUACUUACAAAACCAGAGUUGAUCACCAAGAUGAUCUCAGCAGGAACCCAGGAUAGUGAAUGGGGAUGUCCAACAUCUCUGGAGGGCCAGCUUGGGUCAGUUAUCAUCUUCCAUGAAGCACUCCAACCCUCUCAGGUGAAAGCAUUAUAUUUAGCAGGUCCAAACUGCUUGACUCCAUGGAAAUCCCAAGAGUCUGAAGUAGCAGAUCUGCUCAGUAAAGUGCUCCUUCACUAUAUACCCAAGGCCUGCAGAACUCCAAUCUGCCUUGACCUGUCCACAAAUCUUUUACAUGGAAGGUUAACUGGAAACAAAGUAGUGAACUGGGAUAUCAAGGAUAUGAUAAAUUGUAUCGGUGGAUUAAAUGUGUUUUUUCCACUGCUGGAGCAGAUCAGCUUUCUCAGUGGACAGGUUCCUGAGAGGUCUGAUGGGACCACUAUACCUCCAGAACUGCUGACUCCUAUUGAAGGAGACUGGGUAGUAUUAACUUCCACCAAGGCUUCAGAGGCUCGCCUGGAAAAGAAUAUUGUUGCAACUUUCAUCUUGAUGAUAAAACACUUUAUCCAAAGGCAUCCUAUUAAUCAAGAAAAUCUCAUUCACUCCCAUGGAGUUGCUACCCUAGGAGCCUUGUUACAGAAGGUGCCAAGGAACUUGAUGGAUGUGAAUGUAUUGGUGGCUGUGCAGUUAUUGAUUGAACAAGUCUCUGUAGAAAAAAAUGUGCAACUCUUGCAACAGAUGUAUCAACACUUACUCUUUGACUUCAGUAUCUGGAACCAUGGAGACUUCCCUUUCCGAAUUGGACAUAUACAAUACCUUUCCACGACUAUCAAAGAUAGUAGGAGGUUCUUCAGAAAGAAGUAUGGAGUGCAGUUCCUACUUGACACACUUAGGAUUUAUUAUGGAAGUGGCUACGAAGACAGUGACUUGGCUCCAGAUGACCUCAGAACAAUACGUACAUCCCUCUUUGGACUGAUUAAGUAUUUCUUAAGCAAAGGUGGGGCACAUGAGGAAAUACAGAGCAUCAUGGGAUACAUAGCUGCCACUAAUGAAGAGGAACAACUUUGUGGUAUUCUGGAUGUUCUUUUCAGCCUACUUCAUACCAGCCCAAACCCAGACCAGCUUUUUUUGUUGCUUUUUGAACCAGGAAAUGCUGACAUCCUGUAUGCUUUGUUAUUGAACCAGAGAUAUACUGAUAAGCUAAGGGAAUUUGUAUUCAAGAUUGUAGAGCAGAUGCUGAAAUGUACUAAAGUUUAUGAACGGAGUAAACAACGUUUGAGACUCAGAGAAGUGGGAUAUUCUGGACUGGGUCUGCUUCUGAAUGAUUCGCCGGUUACCAUUUCUCUCAUUAAAAAUCUUCUCAACCAAGUUCUAUAUGCAGAUCCUGUUGUGAGUUAUAGAGACCUAAUAGCUGUAGUACACCUGGGUCAUAGAGCAGAUGUAAAUGUCAGAGUGGCCAUCUGCAGAAAGGUGUUACAUCUUUUGCAUUACCAGCUGGAUGCAGCACAACAGAUUGGUCAGCAGUUGGGCUGGCAGGACACGUUGGUUAGACUGUUCCUAAAAGAGAACUCUGAUAUCAAGCACGGCAUUAGAGAGAGCAGGGCUGAUUCCACAAAGGAAGAUGAAAGAAAAUUUUCUGCUGAAGAGCUUCGGAAACACUAUGCUGACAAGGCAGAGGGGGAGAAAUCUGGUGGUUUUGCCUCGGUUAAUGGUUCAUGUGAUCAGUGGAGUUUGGAAGAUGGCAGAUCUGUAGAUGCUGCUGCUCCUUUUUCUGGGACACUGCUGGAGGAUACCUCUGUGGCUGAGAUGUCUUUUAGGACAGAGGACCAAGAAGAGUUAUGGCACAGUAAUACUUCACACUUGAGUUUAGAUUUGUCCCUUGUUGACUCCUAUGUACUGGGUGAUGGUGGGAAUCAAAUGACAGACAGCUUACCCAGCACACCAUCACCUGUGGAGAACUCUAAACCUUUCUCUGGUCAGCCUGAUAAAGAAUCAAGCACUCUAAAUGAUAUGGGCUUCAACCUUGAUCUUUCUUUAUUUGAAUACCAAGGAGGAUCUGAAGAUGACCUCACACAAUUGCUCACAGAUAGUUUGCUCUGUGUAAUGUGGAAAGGUCUAGAAAAGUCUGAUGAUGCUGCCUGGAUUGAGAGGGGACAGGUGUUUUCUGCAUUGACCAAGCUGGGGAUAUCCAAUGAGUUGCUGCGACCUUCAGAUGAAAUAAAACUCAACUUGCUAGAGAAGAUGCUGGAAUGGGCAGUCACUGAUAACAGAGAUGCAAAAGCUCUCCUAACACACGCUGAAAAUGCUUUUCGGCUCCUGCUCAUUGUACAGGAUUUUUUACAGGCAGAAGGGCUAGUCAAUUCCAACUUGUGGACGGAGAAGCUCUUGGAAGAGCUGGUGACUCUGAUGGAUGACCUGUCAGUUUGGUACCCCGAUGGCCCGGAAUCAAUCAAACUCUCCCAAGUGCAGGUGCAGUUGCUCCUUGGAUUCAUUGGACAAGAUAAUUUACAGGUUUGUGCUAUGGCAGCAGCUAAGCUAAACACCCUCCUUCAAACCAAAGUAAUUGAGAGUCAAACUGAGGCAUGCUACCUGCUGGGCAAGCUGGAAGGCAUUCUGAGUAGAUCAAUCAAAGAGAAGACAGAAACAUACUCAUUCCUGAUUCCUCUGGUUCGAACACUGGUAUCCAAAAUUUACCAACUUCUUUUUAUGAACCUGCAUCUACCUUCGUUGCCUUCUGCCAAUGGCAGCCCUUCUUUCUUUGAGGAUUUCCAAGAGUAUUGCAGCUCUAGUGAAUGGCAAAUUUAUAUUGAUAAAUAUAUUAUUCCAUACAUGAAACAGUAUGAAGACAAUACGUUCAGAGAGGGCCGUGAGCAUAUGGCACUUUAUUGGAAGGACUGUUAUGAGGCUUUAAUGGUGAAUAUGCAUAAGCGAGACCGAGAGAGGGGAGAAAGCAAGCUGAAAUUUCAGGAGUAUUUUGUGGAGCCAUUUAACCGAAGGGCUCGCCAGGAAAAUCUGCGUUACAACAGCACACUAAAACAACUUAAUAGUCAGCGGACAGCUAUACUGAGACAGUGGAGAGCAGCACAACUUUACCUCACUUGUGAAAGGGGCCCAUGGGCCGAAAGGAAAGAGAGUCCUAUGCAUUGGAAACUUUCAAAUGUGGAAAAUUACUCGCGUAUGAGGCUAAAACUAGUGCAGAAUUACAGCUUCAACUCCCAUCAAGAGGCCAGUGCCCUAAGGGACAAUCUAGGAGUACAUCAGACACAGCCAGCUAGCGAGUCUCUGCUUCUGGAAGUGGUAAAGCAGGUGAAAGUCAGUGACAUGGAGGAUGAUGUCCUUGAAUUGCCAGAAGAAGACACAGCAGCCAGUAUAAACAAGGAUGAGAAGGAGGAGCAAAGCCAGAAAGAAAAGUUAGUAUUGUCUGAAGACUGUGAACUUGUUACAGUAAUUGAUUUAAUACCUGGAAGACUGGAGGUAACUACUCAGCACAUAUGUUUUUUUGAUGGUAGCAUUGAAAAAGAAGGGGUAGGUUAUGAUUUCAAAUGGGCUCUUUCUCAAAUUCGAGAGAUACACUUGCGUCGUUACAACUUGAGGAGGUCAGCUUUGGAGAUCUUUCUUACUGAUCAGACCAACUACUUCCUUAACUUCAAUAAGGAGGUGAGAAACAAAGUAUACAGUCGAAUUUUGUCACUUCGCUCUCCAAAUAUUUAUGGGACCAGGUCUCCUCAGGAACAGUUUAAAGCUUCAGACUUGAUGCAGAAAUGGGUGAACAGAGAAAUAUCUAACUUUGACUACCUCAUUCAACUGAAUACUAUGGCAGGACGAACUUACAAUGACCUUGCACAAUAUCCAGUGUUUCCCUGGGUCCUUAGAGAUUAUACUUCAGAAGAGUUGGACCUGAAUAAUCCUGCUGUUUUCAGAGAUCUGUCCAAGCCCAUUGGGGUAGUGAAUGAAAAGAAUGCUAAAGCUGUGAAAGAAAAAUACGAGAAUUUUGAAGAUCCUCUUGGGAUUAUUGACAAAUUUCACUAUGGUACACACUAUUCAAAUGCUGCUGGUGUGAUGCAUUACCUCAUUCGGGUAGAACCUUUUACCACACUUCAUAUCCAGCUUCAGAGUGGCAGGUUUGAUUGUGCAGACCGGCAGUUCCAUUCCAUUCCUGCUAUGUGGCAGGCUCUCAUGGACAACCCAAAUGAUGUGAAGGAGCUUAUUCCAGAGUUCUUCUGCUUCCCAGAGUUUUUACAGAAUCAAAAUGGUUUUAACUUGGGUCAGUUACAGAUCUCCAGAGAAGUAGUGAAUGAUGUUAUUCUCCCCAAAUGGGCCCAUUCACCUGAAGAUUUCAUUUGUAAACACAGGAAGGCACUGGAGUCUGAGUACAUCUCUGCUCAUCUCCAUGAAUGGAUAGAUCUAAUUUUUGGCUACAAGCAGAGGGGACCAGCUGCAGUGGAGGCACUCAAUGUAUUCUAUUAUUGUAGUUAUGAAGGAGCUGUGGAUUUGGAUGCUUUAACAGAUGAGAAAGAAAGGAAAGCCUUAGAAGGGAUGAUUAACAAUUUUGGACAAACACCCUGUCAGCUGCUAAAGGAACCUCAUCCUCCUAGAUUAUCUGCGGAAGAAGUGGUGCAGAAGCUGACCAAAAGUGAUACUGCCACCCUGAAUCUUUUCCAGCAUCUCCCUGAGCUUAAGUCAUUUUUCAUUGAGGGAAUCAGUGAUGGUGUUCCCAUUGUGAAGGCGGCUGUCCCUAGAAACCAGUCACGUUCCUUUAUGUCUCAGGGGAGCCCAGAGAUCUUGGUAACUGUAAGCCUGAAUUACAUUGUUGGAACCCAUGGGUGGCUACCUUAUGAUAGAAAUAUCUCUAACUAUUUUACAUUUCUCAAAGAUACAACUGUGACAAACCCUAAAACCCAGCGUAGCAUGAGUGGCCCUUUUGCUCCAGGGCUAGAGAUCACCUCCAAACUAUUUGCAGUGUCCCAUGAUGCAAAGUUGCUGUUUAGUGGAGGACAUUGGGACAAUAGUAUCAGAGUGACAUCGCUUACAAAAGGCAAACUGAUAGGACAGCAUAUCAGACACAUGGAUAUUGUGACCUGCUUGGCUAUAGAUUUCUGUGGGAUCCAUUUAAUUUCUGGUUCCAGAGACACUACAUGUAUGAUAUGGCAAAUAAUUCAACAGGGAGGAGUUCCUAUAGGCCUCGCACCUAAACCCUUACAGAUUCUCUAUGGACAUACAGAUGAGGUACUGAGUGUUGGCAUCAGCACUGAACUGGACAUGGUGGUGUCAGGAGGCAGGGAUGGCACGGUGAUUAUCCAUACUAUUCGCAAGGGUCAAUACAUGAGAACCCUGCGACCACCUUGUGAGAGUUCCCUCCUCCUGACUGUUCCCAACCUGGCAGUGUCCUGGGAAGGACACAUAGUUGUCCACACCAGUAUAGAAGGAAAGACCACUCUCAAGGAUAAGAAUGCAUUACAUCUCUAUUCUGUGAAUGGGAAGUAUUUGGGCUCAGAGAGUCUAAAGGAGGAGCUAUCAGACAUGUGUGUGACUGGUGAAUACAUUGUGACUGGCAGCCUACAGGGAUUCCUCUCCAUCCGAGAUCUCUACAGCCUGAAUCUCAGCAUCUCCCCCUUAGCCAUGAGACUGCCAGUUCACUGCAUUUCAGUUACCAAAGAAUACAGCCACAUCCUUGUGGGCUUGGAGGAUGGCAAGUUGAUUAUCAUUGGUGUUGGCAAGCCAGCUGAGAUGCGCUCAGGUCAGCUUUCCCGAAAGUUGUGGGGAUCAAGCAAACGGCUCAGCCAGAUUUCAUCAGGAGAGACUGAAUAUAACACUCAAGAUUCCAAGUGAUUGCUGCUUCUGUCUUCUCUCGUGGAUCCCAGAAACUUAAAAAAAAAAAUUUAGGUCACUUUAUGCAUAUCUCUCAACUUUGAGUAUUUGAGGGAUUUUUGAUCCUUGAUAGUCAGUUAACGAACAAGCUGUGGUAGAGUUACAGUAAUUUGCUUUCUAUAUACAUGCAAAUUCACCUACAACAUCUUGCAUAAUUUUCUUUCUUUAUCAUUUUAAUUUGGUAACAUAGAGAGUCUCUAGAAAAUUUUUUUCAGAAAACCACCUUUAAUUGGAUAUAAAAGACAAAUGACAUCAGAUACUGGUGAUACAUGCCAGAUGCUCUCCACUUGCUUGGAAAAUAUUAACUAACAUGGAAGGAAAAUAUUUGGUCUUACUUCGGCUUUGUAAGUUCAGGAUAGUGAAGUUAAAGUUCCUUCAAUUACACAUGUUCUAAAAAAAUUGGGACAGUUGAGAGUGUAUGACUUUAAAUAUGCUCCUUAGACCAAUCAACUUGCAGUUUAUUGCUGCAAAUUUAUUAUCAUCUUAUAUAGUGUGCCUCCUGAAGGAAUCCAUUUUAAACUCUUCUGUAAGGAGCACCUUUAUUGCACUACUUUAUUUUCAGAAAUUGCUCAAUUAUAGAAAUGAAUGAUAAUCUCAUAGGAACUGGGAAAUACUUUCUUCAUAACACUUACACUGGCCAACACAGCUUUUUCUUGGGAUUUUGGCAUUUUCAGCAAGGACAUGUUAAUGAAAAGUGUUUCAGUAGUUACUGUUGGGAAAGCCUGAUUUUUAGGGGAAAGGCUUAAUGUUUGUUAGGCAGGGAAGAGGUGAGUGCAUGUGUGAGACCUCAAAAAUAUCAUUCCUUUCCAUCUUUUCAGGAAGGAGGAGUAGUUUAAAAGGAAGAUGUAGAAUUGACUCUUAGUUAUUUUCUUUUCUCAGAGAACCUUUCUUCAGCUCCUGCCACAGCUUUCCUUCUUUUUUUAUGGAAAUGCAUUUGAAUGAAUCUCUUCUAAAUAUUGUCUGCUUUCCCUCCAUGAGUGGGGAGUUGUUGAAUCACCUGAGGGGUCCUAUGAUGUUAUCAUUUCAUUUAAUUCAUUUUUAGUACCGUAUUUGUUGUUAUAAAUGCGAAGUAGCAGCAAUCCUUUUUCCACCAAGGAGGAUAUUUAGAAGACACAUUGGUCUCCUUAAGUCUGCAACUUCUUAUUCUUAAUUUCUUAAAGCAAGUAAAGGUCUUAUGUUGCUUUUAAAGACUUUUUAAUGAUCUUAUUAUGGAAUAUUCUAACACUAAUUUUAUAUUGUUCUGCUUAACCUUUAGUGAAGGAAAUAAGAAAACUGAACAUUAGGGAUCCUGUAGCUUUAACCCAUACAUAACUAAUUAGUGUAGCAGAUCAAAUCUUCUGGAAAGUUCUGGGAAAAAAUAAACAUUUAUUUGGGGCACUUAACAGUUUCUUUUUUUAAUUCCUAAAAAUAAUUUAAAGUAGCCUGUUUUGCAUAUGGUUAGACAAUUUAGAAAUUAAUGUAAUUUUUUUUAGAAGGGGGAGGUUUAUGUCACUCUAACCUAUACACAUACCCACCAGUAUGUUUUGAAAUGAGCUAUAGAUGUAAAGAAAUUCUAAAGGAAAAAUAUUAAUCUAGUCACUGAUUCAGCAACAAUGCCAAGGAUACUCUGAAAGUAUUAAGCACGUAUGUGAAUGUGAAAUAGGUUUGUCUUUGUAAUUUUUAUGAGCAAGGGAUUUUUGAAGAGUUAUUUAGACAGAGAAGUGUAAAAAAAUUACAGGUUUGAAUGUGCGAUUUAUUGUAAAUUGGGGUCAUGUUUUCAAAAAAACUUGUUUUGGGGCAUUGUGUUGAUGUUUUUUCUAAAUGUAUAUUUAAGAGGUUAAAUAUGUAUAUUUGGAUUUAAAAAUAGCAAGGCUAAUUCAGAGUAGCAGAAACAAAAUGGAAAAAUGAAGUCAGUCAUUGGUUUGUAUGAUGCUUAGCCAGAAAACAAGUUUUCAUUGUCAUUUGUGUAAAGGGGUGUGCAUGUGGGUUUGAAUACAUCUGUGUUUGUUUGAGGCAUGUUAUUUAUAAAUUACAAUUUUUGAGUUGAUACCAGAUUUUUAGCAUUUUAACCAAACAAAUGGGGAAACUAGAUCAUGUUAGAAAAAUAACAUAGAUAUGCAAACCCAGAUGCAGACAUGUAUAUCAUAAUGGUAAUUUAAAUACGGAACACUAAUUAAUUGAUUGGGAUACUUCACAAGCAUUUCUUAACUUGCAAACACUAGCUAUCAGUAUAAAUUAAAGCAGCUCGCAGACUGCUGCAACUUGGUGCUAGAUGGCCAACCCUGUACAAAGCAGCAGGAGGAUAACAGGAAUGCAAAGGUGAGCUUAAGCUACUUUUGUAAACACUAGUGACAAGUACUUUGUACAGAUUGGCCAUAGCUGAAGAUCUGGCCCCUUGAAAAUAGAGAGUGAUUAUGAAUACAAAAGUGUCUGUUCUUAUCAUGCCCCACCAGCAGCUGGAUUUCUCAGUCUCUGACCAGUGUCUGUCUGGAAGCAUUCUGCCUUUAUCUUAAACAGUCAACACCUUCCCUAAAAUUUGGCUGUUAAUAAAGAUGUGGUUUAUGACUCUAGUUCAGACUUUAGCUGAUAUUUAUUUCUUGUAUUUUUUAUAGAUUUAAGUAAAACGCUACUUUUCACCUUUUUUGUUGUUGCAUUCUGGCUGAUUUGCUGCCUGGACUAAAUGGUGGAUAGUGGAUUAGUGAACUGCACUUUUUUCCUUUGGUUUCUUAGAUUUUUUUCACUCUUGAAUAGCGUUUUCAGAUUCUACCAGAUUGACUUUUUGGGGUAUAGUAGACAUGUCAGGACUCAGGUUCUCCUUAGCUUUUUUUCUGAGAUUUAUUUAUUUAAUUUUAGGAAGAGUAAUGCUGUGUCAUGAAGCAAUUCUGACCUGUAAUUCAGAUCAGACAUACCUGAAUGCACAGCUGUUCAUAACACUAAGAACAGUUCCAAACCUUUUUUGAGGCAUUCUUGUCUUUUUUUUUUUAAUUCUUUGGAAACCAUGGUUAUAUCUAUAGAAGUUUAAAAAAUAUUAUGGUUACGUAUGAAGUGGACUUGAAAUUAGCAAUAUAAAUAUACAUAUUUAAGCGAAGUGGAAAUUUGUCUUAUUUCUUCUUAACAAUUUAUAAAUGGAAUCAAGUGAUUAGUGAUAUUUUAUCUAUAACUUCUGUUUAACAUAGUCUGAACUUACUUACAAAAGUAUGGUGCUUAGAAAAAAAUUCCAUUUAUUUUUAAUACAAUACAGUGCAUUUGUUAAACUUCUCUCUCAUUAUCAAUUUGUUAUAAGUCUUGGUGGUGGUAAUUUUUGUGUGCUACUCUUAUGUACUGUGGAGAAUCUGUCAUCCAGUCAUCUUUAAGUGUGUGUUUGGAAGAUGACAGCAUUUAGAGUUAAACCCUCAGUGUCAAAGCUAAGAUAUGUGUGGAUUAUUAUGUCAGAGUAUUCUUCAUUUUCAGUGUAUAGUCCUCAUUUUGUGCAACACUUAAGAACUUUAUCCCUUUCAUUAUUCACCUAUAUUUCCAUCACCAGCACCAAAAAAUAUCCCAUUUUAAACUCUUAUUUCUGUUCACAUGUAAAAUGUUUUGCAAAGGGAAGUGCUUAGAAGCCCAUUUGAUUCACGAAGUAUCAUGUUAAAUAUUUCUCUCUGUAAUUGUCUAGACAUUCACUGAAAUCUUUUCAUCAUGGCCUACUUAGGUAAAAACACUAAGAAUAGUUAUUUCAAAACUGACUGACUUUUUUUAAUUGCACAAGGGGUAUUAAGAAUUGACUAUUUUUGUAAGGAGCCUCUUUUGGAAGCUAGAUUUUGUCUUAAAAUAGAGAGCAGAGUUGAAACAAAAAAAAAUGUCCCUACUGUGAAAUAUUAGUCUUUGAAGGAACAGGCAAUUACCUCUGAUUUUCAUUUGUUUUAAGAUGGUUCUGUUGAAACUUUGAUUUUUAUUUUUUUUUAAAUGCACAAAAGGAAGUUAGGUGUGUGACUUCUGCUGGAAGUUAAUGGGAGCUCGUUACUUGACUCCCUUAGACUCCUAAGAAUAUCCCUCCCAUUGAAUGUAUAUGUCCUUACUUGAGAUUGCAAGAAAUAAAAUUGUACCUAUCAUUCAACUGAAGAUUUUUUUUAUCGUGUAGAUUUUUUUUUUUUAGUUUAAGAAGUAUAUGUAUAUAUGACAGCAAUACUGUAGAGAGCUUUAGGGAUUAGGUUACAUUUUAUUUUUCAGGGACUCUUAAAAAUUCUGUUUUUUUUUUUACUAUUAAGUAUACUGUUAUAUGAACAUAAGGCCGGAUCUGAUUAAUACUGUCAGGCAAAGGCUCUAAUUUUAGAAGGCAUUUAAGGAUGUGUAUAAUUUUAGUGGGAAUUAAACAUGUACUUAAGUGCUGCCUUCACUAGGUAUGAUUUUUUUGAACCAGUCGAUAGUGCUUAUUAUUGUGACACCAACUUAGCUGUUCGUGGUUAUAAAUGCUAUACGUGCUAGUGUUCAUGUGAUUGGGCAUGCAGAUUCUGUAAAAAAAAUAAAUCUAAAUGAUCUAAAUCAGGUAUCUUGAACAAAUAUAUAAUCUCAGAUUUGAUUAACAGAAGAUACUAAGUACACUAAAAAAAUUCAAAAUAACCUGCACAAGAUGAGUUAAAAGGAGAGUGAAGAAAUUUGUGAGAGUUGGUGCCCAGAUAAUUUGUACUUCAAAAUACUGCUGUGUGGUAAUAGUGCGAACUGGGCUGUUCUUGACACUACAGCAUUCUUUUUGAAAAUGCAGUUUCAGGUGGCUAUGCAAUGUAACACUUUACAGAUGAAGGUCUGAGCAAAUACCAGUUGGUGAUAAGGGGUUUGAGGGAUGGGUUUUAUGGGUUUGUAUGUGUAGCUUUAAAUUCACACACACCGUUUGAGGCUCAUGAGUUGUGUUCACUAUUACAUGAAGUUCUCCCUUCUUUUUGAUGGUAGUGGUUGCUCAGUAACUGCUUGUGUGCCUAUGGGGCAACUGGAUGCCCACAUCUGACUCCAGUGGAGGUGGUGAAGGUGGAGGGACCUCCCUUCUUCCAUUGUGAGGGACCAAAUUACAAUUGCUGCAUUUCUCACCUCCUCUGAUAAACCUUAUAAGUGCACACUCCAAAUAUGGGGAGCUUUGUCCCUUGGAAAGCAAGUAUGCUGUGUAUUGCUAGCAAAUUAUGGUUGUCCCCCAAACCAAGCACAUUUCCUUCUAAGCACCUGAUAAACCUCAGGAGAUGAGAGUAUGGAAAUGCCAGUUGGACCCAUUAACUGACCGUGCAGAAUUUCAGCUUAAAUGGGGAGAGUGCUUUGUGCAGUUUAAAUUUUAAUGAAUCAAGGGUCAGGGUUUCCACUUACUAUCAUGGAAAAUGAUUCCACAGUGUGAAACUUGUGGUUGUAGAAUUAUUUCUGAUACUUAAUUUAAAGUUUUAUUUAUUCAAUGUCAUCUCAUCUCUCCUGGUUGUACCCCUUUGAAAUAGUGGAGACCUUUUCUCUCUCUGUUUUGGCAUAAGCUGUUCAGAGAUGGUAUUUUAUCACCAUCUAGGCAAGCUGCUCAUGUAUAUUUCAGUCUCUCUUCAUAAUCCAUUUCCUCCAGCUCUGUUAGUCAUUGCUGCUUCUCUUAAACAUUUCUGGAGCUCAGAUGUUAUGUUCUGGUUAUAGCACUACUUCUAGCAUUAUAGAAAGAGAUUAUUGUCUUCCUGAUGCCAGGAAGUCUUACUGGCUUUUAGUACUGCAAUUCCAUAACUUAUCUGCUAUCCACUAUUACUUGCCAGGCAGUAUGACAAAAGAGAAGGUAGUCUUCUGCUCCAUUACUCUGUAGUAUUUAAGAUAAUAUACACUCUGCAGCUUCCAUUUUUAAACUAAGAAACUGUUACAGCAAAAAUGCAACAUGAAAUAUCCAACAUCUGCUAGGCAGGGGGUAGGGAGCAGGCAGGGUGGUCAGAAGCCAAUCUUGUAUGUAAUUGUGGUAUCUAACUGACUUCCUAUAUUUUUUUUACUUUUCAAAGCAGCCAUAAUGUGUCUAGAAACAAACAUUUGAGACCAGGUUGCCCUCAAACAUCUAAAUAGCAGUAUUGUCUUUAAUGGUUAACAGCCAGGCAUGAUCAGUGGUGAGCAAGGCUAAAGGAAGUAGUUAAAAAACACUUGAGCAAUGGAGAGUUGGUUCAUGGGUUCUGACCUUGCAAGAAGCCUGGUGUAACCAGACAGAGCUUGCUAUGGGAUUUGGGCUAUAGUGGGUGGAUCUACAAAUUAAUUAAUGCACCUUAGAUACUGUGCAUUUAGUUUAAUACUUCCUUAAUAGAAUACCAACUAAAUGCGCAGUACGUAGUUACUACACAGUAGUGCCAGCGCAUGGUUAUUUAGUGAUGCUUACUGUACAUUAGCCUAAUACCACUAUGCAGUAGGCUAUUAGCACAGUUUUGGCCAUGACAUGAUACUUACAGCACAGUGUUAUUAGGCUAAUGUGCAGUAAGUGUCUUGUGUAGACAUGCCCAGUUCCUACAAAACUAUCGCUUUCUUUAAUCAAAUGCUUCAAGAUUGUGCUGCUGCUCCCUAAAACAAAGCUUUCUUAAUGGUUCUAGGGUAAGAAGUGAGACUCUUUAGAUUAUGCCUCAGUACUUGUUCAAAUCACAGACUUACAGUGGAAACAGAAUACUAAGCCUUACUUAUAGUGUGAUAAUUAACUACAUACAUUUUAUAGUAAUUCUUAUAAUUGUGCAAUUAGGUGAUUACAAAUGGAUUUCAUGCCAAAAAUGCCUUUAUAUAUAAAGUCCAACAAAUUUUAGUUAUGAGUGUUGAAUACAUCUAGUUUCAAGUAAGAGCCUUCAAGCACUGUUAGUAACUUGCUGUUAGUCCUCUGUGCAAUAACUUCUUCCCUUCUGGGUGCUUUAAAGAUUAAGUAUAUAUUGUUUGUCUUUCUUGAAUGUUUGUUUGUUCUGUUCAGGUGGAUAAGUUCUAAUAAUUUUAAGUGUGUGUGUAUAUUGGCUAAUGAUGGAUUUGUUUCUGUACAGCAUGACAAGAUGUUUUAAAAUUUUGCACUUUUCUAGUAUUUGCAAGUUUGUAAUCUAACGAUUUUUAAAAAGCACACUUUUGUACAUAAUUAUUAAAUUAGCUUUGUAUAUAAUUUGGGUCUGGAGCUAAUAAAAGAAAGGAUUGGA